CAAAAGUUCGGAAAUUGACACCUAGCCCAUUUUGUGUAAUCGGUGUUGAAAGCCGGUACUAUUUUUCAGUGAGGCGCAGUGAUAUCUAGUGGGGAGUGGCGCGGUUUUGGUCACAUGGACCAAUCAGGUAGCAGCUUUAUUCUAACAACAUACCUGCUAUGGCGACGACAACAUCCGAGAGUGAAGAGGAACGAAAGACCUCAAAAGUUAGAAAAAAAGUGCGUAAAGAGGAAAAUAAAAGAUGCUAUAUGCAUCUUUCAUCUGUGAACAAUGAGGACGUCCAGCACUUCACUCGGACACGGUGGGACACAUACAGAAACUAUUUAAAACAGUGGCUUUGUCUGCAAGACCAGAACAAGCAUCUGGCAGAAAUCUAUAAACAUUGCUCGGAUGUAGAUUUUGACGCUAUUCCUGACGACGCUGGGUUUCACGCAACAUGCUACCGACGUUUUACAGAUAAAUCUGCAUUGUUUUAUGCCGAGAAAAGGACCGCACGGGCGGUGGGAGAACCAUCUGCAGCCGCAGGUCAGUCAGCAGGCACGUCUGAAACUCCCCGAAAGAAACUUCGAUCUCGUUCAGGUUUGCCCGUUGCUUCUGCCGGCCCCGUCCUGCCAGCCAUCUGUAUAAUUUGUCAAAAAGUGGAAAAGUACACUCGUGUGGGAGGAAAACGCCAGAGGGAUCAACUCACACAAGCAGAAACCGUGUCGGCAGGCCAGUUGCUGAAGGCAGCUGAGAUUAAGAAAGAUGCUGCCAUUCUUCUGCACAUCAACGACAAAGACUGUGUUGCUAUAGAGGUCCGGUACCACAAAAUCAGUCGACAUUUUUGCCCCCAUCAAGGCUCAAAAACUGAAGACCUUUAGUGACCAGGCAAAAACAAAGACAAAAUCUGCAGCAGCCAAAGAUGUCAUUCUGCGUGCAGACAAGAAACUUUUCUCCAGGCUACUCAUUAUUGGUCAAAGUAGAAAGGUAGACCUGAGGCAAAUUCUGUCCUACUCCUUGGGAACGGUUUCAUAUCCCUUAGCCAGUACUGAUGGGUCACUUGCUAAAACAGACAAAUCUGCCUUGAUGAAUAUAUUGGAGAACAAAGACAAAGACUGCUUAGUUCAGCAAGUUCCGUCAGAUGGAGCUAUUCUCUUCGAUGGCAUGGCAGUCAUUCAAGCCAUGCAUUCCAAACCAGCUACCUUUGGAGAGUUGGCUGACAACUUACUCCAGUACGUGGUCAAGAUAGCUCUGCAGCACAAGUGUACAAGGAUAGACUUUGUCAUUGACCAGUAUCCAGAAAUCAGUAUUAAAAACCUAGAGCGGUCACGGAGAGCUGAGGGUGGUACACAACAGGUGCAGAUCUAUGGACGGGAUCAGAAGGCACCCACACAGUGGAAAAAGUUUCUAUCUAAUGGGACCAACAAAGCAGCACUGGCAGAAUUCCUCUUUGUUGCAUGGCGAGAUGCUGAUCUCACCAUUUUGGGCAGGGACUUCAGCUUGUACAUAGCACAUGGAGAACUGUGUCACUGUGUUACUGUGAAAGAGGGUUCACAAACUGUCAGUGCUGUUCACGAACUGACAUGUGACCAUGAGGAAUGUGACACUAGGGUGUUUUUACAUGCACAGCAUGCUGCACAAGAACAUCAAACUGUUGUCAUCAAAAGCCCUGACACUGAUGUGGCAGUGAUUGCUGUAAGUCUUCAAAGAGCUUUACAGUGUAGCUUGUAUUUUUUCACGGGAGUAGGCAACAGAACGAGGAUCAUAGACGUGGCUAAGGUGGCAGCAGCUCUUGGCAACAGUGUUUGUUCUGCACUCAUUGGCAUCCAUACCUUCACAGGUUGUGACUCGACCAGUGCCUUUCAUGGCAAGGGCAAAAGGAAGACAUUUUCUCUUGCUUGUCAGAAAGACGAAUACCUGACUGCGUUCUCAAAUCUGGGCAGCAGUUUUAACCUUGACCAGUCUACGUUCAAAACACUGAGCAAAUAUGUGUGCCACCUGUAUGGACAGGCAUCUGCCAAAGACGUGAACGAUGCAAGAUACAAAGCAUUCUGUAUGGCAUCGUCAGCUUUGCCAGAACUGUCCAUUCCCCCAACAAGUGAUGCCCUCCACCAACACUGCAAAAGGGCAAACUACCAAGCAGCAGUAAUGCGACAUUCCCUGACUGGUAUGAUGUGUGCCCCUUCACCCAUUGGCAAUGGAUGGUACAUUGAGGAUGGGGAGUUAACAGUAAGAUGGAUGACUAGAAAUCCUGCCCCAGAUAGUGUGCUGCAGGUAGUCCACUGUGGUUGCAAGACAAGCAAAUGUGAAACAGAAAGAUGUUCAUGUAUGUCUGCAAAAAUGUCUUGUACUGAUUUAUGUCACUGCCAGAACUGUGGAAAUGUUUCAAAGGAAACAGAAGAAAGAGGUGCAUGGGAUGAUGACACAGAUGAAAGUGAUAUUGAUGAGUAAUUACGCACCAUGUCACCAUGUAAAAUUUGCCACUUUUGUUUCUUUAUCAAGAUGUUUGAUUAUCGAGAUGCCACACUGCCAUUUUAACGGUAAAGCUUAAAUAAUGUCUGUAUUACCUUUUUUUUCAAAUUUGUUUUGGUCUUUUGUGUGUGUUUGUGUGUGUGUGUGU